AUGUCGCCUCCCGCCAUCAUUGCGCCGUCGAUCCUGUCGGCCGACUUUGCCAAUCUCGGCCACGAAUGUUCCAAGACGAUUGAGCAGGGUGCCGACUGGCUACACGUGGACAUAAUGGACGGUCACUUUGUGCCCAACCUCACAUUUGGCCCACCUGUCGUCGCCAAGAUCCGGUCGCAUGUCGCAGCCCCGGGCACCGACGCCCCUCUGGGUCGCGGCACCUUUGACUGCCACAUGAUGAUCGCCGAGCCGAAGCGAUGGGUGCGCGAGUUUCGCGACGCCGGCGCCGACCUGUACUGCUUCCACUACGAGGCCGCCUUCUCUACGGCCGCCGAGACCCCAUCGGCCCAGUCGGAUGCCAGCACUACACCGGCCGAGCUGGUGCGCUACAUCCACAGCCUCGGCCUCCGAGCCGGCGUCGCCAUCAAGCCGGGCACGCCCGUCGACGUGCUCUUCCCGCUCGUCGACGUGGCCGAUGCCGCCGAUCGUCCUGACAUGCUGCUCGUCAUGACCGUCGAGCCCGGCUUCGGCGGCCAGAAGUUCAUGGCCGACCAGAUGCCCAAGGUCCGCACCCUGCGCGACCGCUACCCCGACCUCAACAUCGAGGUCGACGGCGGCCUCGGACCCGCCACCAUCGACGUCGCUGCUGAGGCUGGCGCUAAUGUCAUCGUCGCCGGCUCUGCCGUCUUUGGCGCUGCCGACCCCGCCGACGUCAUCGCCAAGCUGCGGGCUGCCGUCGAGGCAAGGAGGGCCUAA